CUUUCUAGACAAUAUUAUUCAGGUUUAAAACUUGGAUCUAACCUGUCCUUCUCCAGGUUCUAGGAUUCUAAAGGGUUUACUCUAGGUGCCAUAGUUAGCUUGGUUUACUAUAUCUCUAUAGCUCUGGGAUUAUAUAGAAGCAUGAGUACAAGUAGGAUACCGUCUACACAUCCUAGGAUUGAGGAUAAAUACGUCCCAACUCCGCUGCAGUACCAUGAGAUUAGUCCGUCCAGACGUAUUGCAUAUAGACAUCAUGUUGGAACCAGAGAACCAACCAUUCUAUAUAUUCCUGGAUUCUUCUCUAAUAUGGAGCUAAACAAGGUUGUACUUCUGGAGAAAUAUGCUAGAGCAAACGGGUUCAGUAGUCUCCGGUAUGACCAGGAGUGCUCAGGACGUUCCACUGGAGACCAAACCACUAUUGAGUUCGAACACUGGGUGGAGGAUGCAAUGAUAAUGUUAAAUGAGCAUGCAAGAGGACCUGUUCUACUUGUUGCAUCAUCUCUUGGUUGUUGGAUUUCAACAAUUAUUGCUCUUCGUCACCCAGACAGAGUUAAAGGAAUGAUGUUCCUUGGACCUGGAUUUAACUGUUUAUGGACCGGAUACUGGUUUCACUACAACCUCCUGCCCCCAGAGAUCAGGGAGAAGGUUGACCGGGGGGAGGAGCAGGUCAAGAUCAAGAUGAAGUAUGGAGGCUGGGGAAUCCUCAGAAAAGAUUUCUGUGAGCGAACUCGAGAUUUUGAGAUUGAUUUUGAGCAGCCGGUUGAGAUUGAUGUUCCGAUCCGGAUUAUUCACGGGAUCCGGGACUAUGAUGUUCCGCAUGAGUUUUGUCUGAUGGCUAUGGAGAGGUUUGCCUCGAAGGAUGUAGAAGUCUUGUACAGGAAAAUGGGAGAUCAUAGAUUGAUGUCAGCUCCAGAUCUAAAUCUGAUCAGUCAUGAGCUGGACAGGUUGUUGAAGCAUAUCUCUGCUCUGGAUAAUGGACUGAAAGCUGCUCCACCCCUCCUCGCUAAAUUAUAAAUUUUAAAAUUAGGAAAUAUAAAUUAUAAAAGAUCUUAUUAGAAAAUAAACCAUUUAAACUUGUAA